AUGGCUCUCUCUACCGUACUUAGCGCGAGCCUCGUCCAGCGGCCCGUCAGCACCGUCUCAGCUGACUCGCCCGACUUUUCCUUCUCGAGCGUCGCCGCCUCGCUGCCCAGCGCCACAAGUGCCGACCGCCUGCUCCCCUACCCGGCCUCUGGACGUCCUCCGCUGGCUCUGCCCGCGGGUCCGCCCUCGGGUCUGCCGUAUCCCGUGACUGUCAAGACAGGAGUAUUGUCGGCGGGGGCCCCAGCUGUGGCGCCGUCCACGAGCUCCCUCGCCGACGCGGCUUCGGCAGCAACCUAUGCCACCGGGUUUGAUGGCAGCUCGGGCCUCCAAUAUCAAACCCAGACCCAGACCCAGACCCAGUCUCAGACGCAGGCCGCGUCCAACACGCUCGGCAGCCACCAACAGACCCAACAGACUCUUGAAUCUAGAUCUGCAAUUCUCAUUGGCUUGGAUACGUAUGGGAUCAAUACUUAA